ACGCACCGCCACCGCCAGCAGUCAGCAGCCAGCAGCCAGCGAGCUUCCUCCCCGCGAAGGAAAAGAUGGUGGCGGCGACGGCGACGGCGACGGCGAAUCAGGAGACCGCGCUGCACCGGAGCUCCGCCGCCGCGCUGAAGUUCCUCUGCAGCUACGGCGGCAAGAUCCUCCCUCGCCGGCCCGACGGCAAGCUCCGCUACGUCGGCGGCGUCACCCGGAUCCUCGCCGUCGACCGCUCCGUCUCUUACGCCGAGCUGAUGGCGAAGCUCGCGGAGUUCUGCGGCUCCCCCGUCGCGGCGCUCAAGUGCAAGCUGCCCGGCGGCGACCUGGAGACCCUGGUCUCCGUCAAGUCCGACGAGGAUCUGGCCAACCUGAUCGAGGAAUACGACGAGGCUUCGCGGAGAUCGAGAUCUUCUGCUUCUUCUUCUCCUCCCGGCGCGCGCCUCCAGAUCAGAGCCGUCCUCUUCGAGCCGAGGCCGCGCGAGCGAGCGUCCCCGCCGCCGCUCUCCCCGUCGCCGUCCGCCGCGUCGAGCUCCGGCUCUUCCCCUCGCGACUCGCCUAGGCUCGUUGCCGGCGGCUGGAGCCCCCGCCGGAGCUUCUCCCCCAGGAUCGCCGCCGGCGUCGGGUGCGGCGGCGGCGGCGGCGGCGGCGGAUCUCCGACGAUCGGCCGCUACCGCAACUUCUACGGUCCGGGACAGCCCGGAGUCGCGUGCGCCGCUGUUCACUGCUGCCGCAAUUACUGCCAAUAGCGAAGGCCAGGUCGGAUCUCGUAGCAGUAGUAGGGCCAUGAGAAUCGAGAAAACUAUACAGUUUCAGUUCGAACAGCAGCAGUAGGAAAUUUGAAUGUUACAGUAUAGGUGCAGAAAAAGGAUGACGACGAUGGACUCUCGAGCUUUGGUUUUUUUUUUUAAAGCCUUCGUGCUUCAUAGAGACUAGUCUUUCUUCCUGGAUUUCCGAUUCGCAAGGGAGACAAAAUUUCCGUCGUC